AUGAGUAAGGUCUUUAAAAUUAUACCUACCACCCAACAUUACGACUGGGGUAAACAUGGACACCUCUCGAAAGUGUACCAGCUUGCUGUAUCGUCCCAGAUACCCGCGUUUCAACAACUCGAUGAGUCGAAACCUUACGCCGAGCUCUGGAUGGGAACACAUCCGACAUCGCCCUCUCAUGUUCUCUGCUCCUCGUCGUCCUCACCUCCGAAGCUAUCCGAUUAUCUGAAAGACCACCCAGACCUAGUCGGAAAAGCAGUAGCAGACAAGUUUUCUGAUGGGUCGGAAGGGAACUUGCCAUUCUUAUUCAAGGUCUUGUCCAUACAGAAAGCUCUAUCAAUCCAGACACAUCCAGACAAGCCAACUGCAGAAAAACUUCACGCAGAGAGACCUGACAUUUACAAAGACCCUCACCACAAACCUGAGCUCGCACUUGCACUCACUCCCUUCCGUGCCCUCUGCGGCUUUCAGGCUCUCCCGAAAAUCGCCAUCAACCUCCAGAACUCACCAGAACUCACUUCUCUCAUUCCCCCCACCAUCCUCGAUGUAUUCCGCCAAGCUGCCCAAACCAAUGGAGACGGAGGUGGAUGUACUCCAGAGGCAAAACAAGCCUUACGAGACCUUUUCGCUGCCAUCAUGACUGCUCCAAAGGGAGAUAUCACAAACGCAGUCCGAAAGCUUGUGGAAAGGUAUCAAACAGAUUCAACAGAGGUGCCGAUUGAGAGGGCGCUCGUUUUACGUUUGAAUGAACAGUUUCCAGAUGAUAUCGGUGUCCUCUGCGUCUUCUUGUUGAACCAUGUCACUCUUCAACCGGGAGAAGCCAUCUUUCUGAGUGCUGGGGAGCCACAUGCGUAUGUUGAAGGAGAUAUCAUAGAGUGCAUGGCAAAUUCAGACAACGUUAUUCGAGCUGGACUCACUCCCAAGUUGAUUGACGUUCCGAAUCUCGUCGCUGGGCUCACUUACGUUCCAGAUGAACCAGAGAGGCAUAGAGUCAUACCUACGUCUUUUCCUGCGUCUUCUGAAUCUUUGAAUUCGAAACUAUACGACCCUCCGAUUGAUGAGUUCUCCGUCGUUCAGAUUAAGCUACAGAACACCGAAGAGACACAUCCUCCCAUCUCUGGGCCUAGCAUUGUUGUGGUUGUGCAAGGAAUGGGUAGGGUGCAAUGGCAAGGAGACAGCUUGGAUAUCAAAUGUGGGGAUGUCUUUUUCAUUGGUGCAGAAACUAGCGUCAACUUUGGUGUUGAGGGAGAACAAGAGUUGGUUAUGUACAGGGCUUAUGUGGCUGCAUAG